AUGCGUCAACGAGAAGACCAAGUUUUUGCUCAGGUACUCAUCAAUGUAAGAAUAGCCAACUAUUCAGAAGAAGAUAUUGCCUUGCUGAAAUCUAGAGAGAUUUCCAAAUCCGACGUUUCAUACCCAACAGAGUCGCGGUAUGUAUUUAAAACAAACAAAGACGUGGUCAAAUACAACUCCGGUCAUUUACGAAAACUUACAGCUCGACUAUUUCAUAUAAAGGCUAUCUAUAAGAAGAAGGAUGUUAACACUGGUCUGAUUGACGUUGUAAUUUCUACUAAGCCAUCUGAAACAGGUGGAUUACGCGAGGUUGUGUCGGUAGCCGUCGGAGCGAGAAUCAUGCUGAUUGUAAAUAUCGAUGUUUCUCAUGGGUUAGCAAACGGAGUUUGUGGUUCUGUGGUGGGUAUUGACAGCACAGACGACAAUGUUCAUGCCAUUCUAGUCCAAUUUGACAGUAGACGAGUUGGCGUCAAGGCGAUUGCUGAAAGUCAUCAAUACAGACAAACCUAUCUCACCGCUGUUCCAAUCAAACGACAAGAUGUGCAAUUUUACACAGGAAGAGGGAGACGCUCGGUACAAGCUAUACGUACACAAUUCCCACUGACUCUUGCAUGGGCGUGCACCAUUCACAAAGUUCAAGGUAAGACUUUGGAUUCAAUUGUCGUUUCAAUGAAAGGAAGGGGUCGCUUUAUGCCUGGUCAAGCUUACGUUGCUGUAAGUCGAGUAAAGACCGAACAAUGCCUACAUCUUUUAGGAUAUGAUAUGCCACGGCAUUCCGAGUUAAUCCUUCAGCACAGACAGAAAUGGCCCGUCUCUAACAGGACCCAAUACCACCAAUUCAACCACUUACCGAGUUCCCUCAUGAUGAAUGGUUAACAAUUCGACUCCUCAAUAUCAGAUCUUAUUUGGAGCAUCUACAAGACCUGAAAAUUGAUCACAUUCUAAAUCCCACCGACGUUUUUUUGCUUUACUGAGACAUUCUUAAAAGAAGGACAACUUUUGCGGGAAAAUGAACAGAUCCUACCAGAAACCAGAUGUUUCAGAGCAGACAGACCUUCGUUACUGGGAAGAGGAGGUGGAUUGAUGACAUUUGCCUCAACAGAACUCUCACCAUUGCGCUACAAUUUAGAAAUCCAAGGUCUGGAAUACUUUGCACUAGCUGUCACUAAAGAUACAACCCAGGUUAAUAUUGUAUCCAUCUACAGACCACCAUCCAUGAUUCCUUCAACAUUCAAUGAAAAGUUCCACAAUCUUGUCAACCAACUCCGAAGAAACAUACUGACAAUUAUUCUGGGAGAUUUUAAUAUUGAUCUUCUCCAAUUUCCAAACCACGAUAUUGUCCAGUAUAUGAACCAGUUGGGAUUCUACCAAUUUGUUAAGGUACCUACAACAGACUAUGGUCCAAUUUUAGAUCACGUGUAUAUCAACAGCAAUGACCUAGUGGUUGUCGAAAUUGUAGAUACCUACCAUUCAGAUCAUGAUUACUGUCUAUUUCUUUGA